ACCAAUAGUCUUCAGUUGUAGAAAUGGCAGCGCUGAGACAGGAGCAUCGGUAUGGGCUCUCCUGUGGCAAAAUCAACAAAAACACCCCGAAUCAAACUCUAUAUCACGUCAAACUCACUGACACUGCCAUCCGGACCUUGGAAGCCUACCAGAACCUGAAGGCGUCACUAUCAAAUCAGCCAGCGAUUUGCUUCAAGGGGAGCCAGGGGUUCAUAAAGAUCCCAGCACCGACCCCUGAAUCUCCCGAUGGAUUCAGAGUCUUCUCCUUCUACCUAUCCAGUGACAGCAAAGACAAGCCUCAGUCCAGCUUCGACUGCAUUCACCAGUAUGUCUCAGGGGAGGGUAGGGAUCACCUGGAGGGCCAGGGCAGCAUUCAGGACAAGAUCACAGUUUGUGCCACAGAUGACUCCUACCAGACAACCAGGGAGCGCAUGUCUCAGGUGGAGAAGGACAUCUGGAGCCGCUCAGCAAUCGAGAUCAAGCCUGGGCCAAGUAAGUGUGUGAAGGUCCAGAGGAAGCAGGGUCUGGUAUCAAGCUCAGAUGGCAGCAACAAACACUCCCCCAACAACAAGAGGAGCCUGGUUCCCAGCCCUGUGGCACACCGGUCCUUGAGGGAUCGCAUCAUUCAUCUCCUGGCCUUAAAGCCCUACAGGAAACCUGAGCUGCUACUGUGGUUGGAGAGGGAGCGGGCCAGUCCAAAGGACAAGACUGACCUGACCUCAGUACUGGAUGAGGUUGGUAAACUGAACCCUAAAGACCAUAGCUACUCUCUGAAGGAUGAGCUCUACAGACACGUCCAGAGAGACUGGCCUGGAUAUCUAGAAGAGGAAAAGCAACUCAUCCAUAGGCUCCUGAUCAGGAAACUUCAGCCACUCCACAGUAGCCAGUUGAAGAGUCCCCAGUCCAACCAGUCAUUCCACAAAACUCCUGGGGACUCUCCUUCACAACUCAGUCCUGCCAAGAAUCUUUCAGUGAAACGCCCAUUGCCCUCUGACCCAUCCAGCUAUCAAACCCCCAAAAAACAAAGACUAUUAGACCAGUGUUUGCUUCUGCAGUCGCCUUCUCAUGGAGACUACGGCACCAAUGUGGCUCGUAGCUCCUCUAGUCAUAGAAACUCUAGUGUACAGAUCAAAAUGGAGUUCGACAAAACCAACAAUCAUCUCCAGGGGAGCCCAAAUGGUCUGCACUCACCACACAAACUCAGCGGGUCAUCUGCUAUUCCCAAAUUGGAGAGGACAGAGCCAGCUCUUACUGCCCCCAGCCCCAAGCCCCCACACAUUGACACCUCCAUUUGCACUGACCAACAGUUCACCAACGGCCAACAUAAAAAGAAGAGGUCCAAAAAGCACAAAGACAAGGAACGAGAGCGCUUAAAACCAGACUGGAUAGAGACCAGUCCAGACCUGAAGCAGAACCAAGAAAAUCUCAAAGACCAUGAGGGAGAGAAAACACCUGUCAAUCGAACCACAGCAGAGGAACUGCCUGACUAUUUAAUAAAAUACAGCACCAUACUAGCACUGGAGCAGCGUCAACAGUAUAAGGACGACUUCUGUGCCGAGUACGAUGAAUACAGAGCUCUUCAUGACCGGAUUGGGGCUAUCACAGAGAUGUUUGUUCAGUUGGGCUCAAAGAUCAACACUCUCUCCCCGGGAACACAAGAGUACAAGCUCAUGGAGGACCAAAUACUACAAAAAUACCGAAAGUAUAAGAAAAAGUUUCCUGGCUAUCGGGAAGAGAAGAAGCGAUGCGAAUACCUCCAUCAGAAACUGUCGCAUAUCAAAGGCCUGAUCACAGAUUAUGACCGAACACAGGAACUUUCCUAGUAACUGGCUUCUACCCUCAGCAGGGUGUAAUAUGACUGGACCAAAAGACUCCUAGUGGACCCAAAGACUGUUCAGCUGGGUCCUGGAGUCACGGAGACACUUUUCACUUUACUCCUCCUGUUAAUGGAAACGAGGAGCAAGGUUUUUUUUUUUUUUCCAAAAGUGGGCUGAGACCACCGACUCGUGAUCAGAUGUUGCCCUUUAACACUAUGGUUUUCAUCUAUGAUUAUCGCUGUAAUGGCUGGAUUUUGUUCUGGUGUAAAAUGGUCAGAUGACACAGUGAAAGCCAAAUCCAUUUUCCUGAAAUGCAAAACAUAUUUGAUCCUUCCUGCCUAUUGUAUUUUUAUUCUAUUUUUAUUCUUUUAUCUUGUCAGAACUAAAAAAGCAUUGAAUUAUAAAAAGUAUUAAAUAGAUGGUACAAUCAAUCUUAGGGGGAAACAAAAGCUACUAAAGUUUUUAUAUUUAACAUACAGAGGAAUUAGUUUAUUUGCUGUUUGCUGACAUUAAUUAUUAAUUAGUUACAAUAAUGAGAUUGUAAUACACACACAUAAUGACAAUAACAAGGUCAAUGCUAUAAACAGCGUAUCUCUCUUCAGACCAAAUCCAAAAUGACAAAUUCAUUAUUCAAAUUUCAUCUCAUCAUCAAAAUGUAUCAUCAUAUACCUAGAUUUCUGCAGGACUAAGACCACACAAAGGUUUAUCUCAGUUAUUCACUAUGUGAUCACAAUGACAAUUAAAGCAUAAGAUGAUGAGUAGAUUAAAAGCGGGCUACAUUAUGUUUUCACCCAGAAUCUGUUGUUAGCACCAGUUUCUCUGGGCUUUGAUCAUAAGGAAUUAUACCAAGUAGCUUUCUGCCAAUGCCCUGUUUCAUUUGUAAGAAAUAUUGGAAUGCCACAAAUUCACUCCUCACAGUACAGUAAUGCUGGUUUCAAGAUAGUGUCAAUUUCACCCACAUGUAGCCUACAGUACCAUGAACUGCCUUUUGAACUAUGUAAUGAAAAAAUAUUAUUAACUCAAACAUCUCUCAAGCCCUCUGGUUACAGGUUUAGUGACAUACAGUAAUCAUACUGUAUUUACACUGCAGAUGAAUGACUACAAGUUGCUGUAUGAAACCUAACUUUUCACUUUACACAAAGUUUUAAAAGCUUACAGGGUUUUCAACUUGGUAAUCAAACUAUUCCACACAUUUUGAUUUAAUAUGAUGUUGCUUUGGUUGAAGUCUUGAUGAUGUUUAAUGUGGGAUUUGGUUGAAUAACAAUAUUUCAAUUCAGUGAUGUUAUUCUGCUGAAUGUGACAGAGAUGCCUUUAAAAAAAAAAUAUUGGACUAUGUUAUUUUUAGCCCCAUGUGUGAAGCACGUUGAGGACGGCACUGUGGGGCGGUCACUCAGUUCAAACCACUUUGGUUCAUUUUAGACUUUUUGGAAGUCUUUGCACCAAAGCAGGUACACUUGAAUAAACACAACCUGCAAUUUUAUUUUUCCUUUAUUAGCUGUGGCCUGAAGUAGAGAAUAGUAAUCAGAUUUCAGUGUUCUCUGGACAUUUGCGCCAAUGUAGCUGUACUCACAACUGUUGUCUUAAUGAUGGCUUAAAAUGAGAGAAUGAAGUUAAUAUAUGCCUUAACAUGUAUGUCACACAUUUCUAAGAUUCUGGUACCCCUGUUUUGAAAUGUUUUGUGUUCUCUGCACAGUUCAAAGCAUUUCUAUAAAUGUCUUUAUUUUGAAGGAAAGUUCAGUUACUGGAUAGUUGUUGUGCAACAGUUGUCUAAUCUGUGUUCUUGUUUUUUCGAUGUACGUCUUAAUCAUUUUUUUUUGUAUUUAGCUUCAUUUGUUGUCUCAUAAUCUGUCCAAUAAUCAUGAACUGUAAAGGAAUUUGAUUCACUGUCUAAUCCUAUCAAGCACCACUAUCAAAAAUAAGAAUCAUUGCAGAAAUACUUAUCUUGAUUUCUCAGUUCAAAUACUCACUUUAACAUAUUUAAUAGCUCUUUUGCAAGUACAUGUUCAUUUCUACAUUUGGCAUUCUGGGAUGUUUGAAGGAUUUGAGACUAGCAACAGCAAGUCUGUCUCGGCACAUAUGAAAGUUUCCAAGAAAGGAAUAUUUAUUAGCACUGACCAUUGGAAGAAAUGAUAAAACAGUCCAAACAGUAUUUACCAAUUCGAAGCAUUAAAUAUCAUCCAUGCUAAAACUUCUGGAUUCUUAAAGCUCCGGCAUAUCUACAGAAAUGUUUUCAUUAUUCUGGCUGUUUGGAUCUCUUCUCAGGACAGACCUUUUACUCUUUUUUGAUUCUUUUAUCUAUAUUCAUUUUGAUGAACUUAGCAAAUGUGCUACAUAACUCCAUCCAACCUGAGAAAAUGUCUGAUCAGUCAAAAUCACUGAAAACACCUGUGGGAUUUGUUCUAAUGCUGGGGCCUGAAAUCAAUGAUGCAUGGUCUGUGAUUCACAUGAUUUGUUUUAAUUCAAAACAGAAAGGUACUAAAACUUUUUUUUUUCAUAACAGCAGGAUGAAAAUGUCUACAAAACAUAAUUUAAACAAGAGACCAUGAAAUUAAUAAUAAAUAUCAGAACUAAUUCAAGUUAGGGGCUUCCCAUUUACCACUAAAGUCAUAUUGAUCAAUUGUAAUCGAACAAACUGCAUUGUGGGUGGCACUACAUGGGCAAAAUAUCGGAAUAAUCAAAGUAUGAAUGAAGAUAAUCGUACCAUUCAUUUUAACGUUGUUGUUUUUGGGAAACCAGACCCUUUAUGCAAGGGGCUUCUCAAGUGCUAACUGUGAUGUUUUGACUGUUGCAGGAGCUAACUACUGAAGGUGCCUUUUCAUUCAGAAAGCAGAGCCACUCUGCCUGGAAUUAUCAUUGGUAUUCUGGGGAAAAAAAAAAAAAAAAACUUGGGCCAGCAGUAUUUACAUGUGUAGUUUCACACUGUUGCCACUGUUCAAAGUGCUUCGUUCAUUCAUUUUUUGGUUAAGUUGAUAUCAAAUGCCUUGUAAAAUGUAUGAUGUGUAUUGGCACUGAUAUAUUUAAUUAGAACAUUUUCCAGUCAAUUUAGCAUUUAAAAAAUGCAAGGUUUUCCAGGAUACCAAGUAAACUGCAUAUAAUGUUAGCUAUUUGCAUACAUGUAUAUUUGAAAGAAUUGCCUGGAUUUUUUGUUAAUUUCUACUUUCAGCCCAGGAAACUGUUUCCACAUAUUUCAUACAGGUGUGCUUAAUUGGUAUGUUGGUACUGGAAAACAAUGCCUCCAUGAAAAUGUGAAAUUAAACAUUUUGUCAAUUAUGAAUUGCUGCAGUUUAUCCACCUAGGAGAACAAAUGUCUUUAUUUAUUGCUUUGUAUGUGUUUGUUCUUUUAUGGGAUUCUUCUUUGCAAAGUCUGUUCAUUCUUUUCAUGGCAAAAUUCUAAGUAUGGUGAAAGGGAAAUGGAAUAUAUUUUUGCAAUUUCUGAUGGUGGAUAUUUUAUCACAAUGUCAUCCUCUUGAGAAAAGAUUUCAGAAAAGAAUUGUAUCAUUGUCUCAGUAAAAUUGCAAAAUAAAGCUCUUUUCAAUUCA